UAAUAAUGGCCGAAAGUAUGCAAGAGCGGGAUGAUGUUCUCAUCUGUUCGAUAUGCAUGGAAACAUUCCGGAAACCAGUAAUGCUACCCUGUCAGCACAGUUUUUGUAGGGAAUGCAUUGAUUCGUACGCUGACAAGUUCAAACAUGUACAGACAGACGAGAACUCCGGCAGCACUGGGUAUGAGGACGUUCAUCAGCUGAUAGCAUGCCCUGUGUGUCGGGCACCGACCAGUCUGGGGAGAGAAGGUGUGGCUGGUCUACCUCCUAACUUUCAUCUAGCAGAAAUUGUGGAGAGGUUCUCAUCUGGUGUAAAGGUUGAGGAUGACAUCCCAUAUUGUUCUCUGUGUGAGGAAGGUAAUCACGUCAAAGCUGUCAAGUUUUGUACCAACUGUGGUGUGUUCUACUGUGAGGAAUGUCUUGUUAUUUGUCACCCAAUGAGGGGUCCUCUGAAACGUCACGAACUGAUUUCGCCCCUGGAGUACCUCUCUCAGGAAACCUCACAGGGCCAAGUCAGUAGGGACCACCAAUCAACCCAGCAGCCGUCAUGCCCCAGACACGGUCGGUCAUUCGACUUGUACUGUGAACCGUGUCGAAUGGUGAUCUGUGUGGGGUGUGUGGUUGAGCAUCAGGGACACGCUAUGCGGGAUAUACCAUCAGCAGCUGAGAAUGACAAGCCAGCUGUUUUGAGCAGGACUAAUGAACUGGAGAAAGUCUUAGGCGAAACUAAGGAAUCACUGUCCGGAGUUCUGAGGCUGCACAGUAAGAUACAGGAAAACCAGGAACUUCACACUCAGGAAGUGGAAAAGGCUUAUUGUGCAGCCCUGGAAGCUUUACAAGCCUGGAGACAACACUCCUUAGAUGGCAUAAGAACCCGCUAUUCACAGUGGAGUGUCGAGUGCAGCGCCAUACUCAAACAUUUACAGCUACAGGCUCAGGAAAUGGAGAGGAUGGUACAGGCUUCCAAUGAUUUAUUAGCAUCAAUGGACGUGGAGUUUUUGCAGGGUUCCACGGACUUCACCAAAACGUAUGUAUAAAUGUGUUAUACCUCCCCAUGUUUGUUAUACAUGCGCACGUGACUAUUGUCAGCAGAUGUGUUUCUGUAAGCUGUAGUUGUCCAAAACAUGACUCAAGUGUGAGAUAUAUCUAAUGUUCAAUCUUACGUUUGUCCAGACAAAUUAGAUCUAACCUACUAGGAAUAGUACAUCAUGUCAUUCUUAUAACUGCGCGGACACAAGAUCACUACACGA